UGGAUCCCCAGCACUUGCUGCUUCUCCCUCCCUUUCCCACGCCUGGUUUCUCUGCGGGGCUUCGGAGACGCUCAGCCAAGCGGCCAGAGCGGGGCUGGCAGCGCAAGGAGCAGGGACAGGGGGUUUGUGCCGAGGCGGAGGAGAGGCGAGCCCCAGGGGGAGAGCGGCUGCUAGCUUUGCUGCUCAAGGCUUAAUGCCCUAAGAGCCCAGCUGACUCCUGCUCAGAAGCAAAGGGAAACGGCAGGCACUCGGGACGGCCAGGCACCCGACGAUGCUGUGUUUCCCCAAACCAUGACAGGACACAGGUUUGGGAAAUGGGUCGCCCUUUGCCUGCUGCCCUGGAGCUGCCUGAGCUUUGCCCGGAGUGAUGCUGCUGGGCCCGGGACCUCCUCGCCUGGGGCAGGACACGUCAGAAAGGGGCUGCCCAUAGACGCUGCCAACGGGACCUACGCGCACAGCAACACCUCAGCGCCAUGCACGGCUCUCUCCCCGCCGCGCUACGGCUAUUACUACGUGGACAGAGGCUCAGGCAUCUCCUUGGGCUCCGUCCUCGUGUACUGGUGCCAGGAGGGCUACCAGCUGGUGGGCAGCGAGAGGCUCUCCUGCCUCCGCCGGGAGAGCGCUUCGUCCUGGAGCCACCCCCCGCCCCACUGCCAGGUCGCCCCGCAGCCCUCGGCCACCGCCUCCCGCGCCGCGGUGGCCGCCUCGCUGCUGAGCGGAGCCGUUAUCCUGGCGCUCUCCGUCUCCUUCGCCGUCUGCUGGUGGCGGGACAGGGCGAGGAGGAGCCGGGGGGGGCAGCAGCACGGGAGGAAAAUCAGAGGAGGACGAAAACGCAACCCCGCCACCCCCGAGAGGGGCAGGAAUGCUUUUGGGAGACUGAAACACUACCACCGGCGCGAUUACCACCUCUCGGCUCUCUCCAGCUCCGUGUUCCCGGGGGCAUUUGCAGGAUGCAAUAAUCUGGCUUUCCAAAGGAGCCCCGAAAACCUGCCAAAGCUGCCCCUGCAGAGCUGGCACCCCGACGCACAGGUCCUGCCGCCGCUGAUGUUACAGCCGGGCACACCACCCAUGGCCGCCCUGCCCGGCCACCCGCCCCGCACCCUGCCCCUGCCCUGCCGUCCCCAGCUCCCCCGGGACCCGCUCCCCCUCUAUUACAGAAGCUACGAGGAACAGAAGCUCUUCAAUAAGUUCAGGAGGCCGGUUUGAAAAAAUUAAACUGCCAUUCAACUUCCCCCCCCGCCCCCUUUUUUUCCUUUUAAUGCCAUCAAUUCCUUGAAAUGCUGCAGCGCUCAGGACAGAAUUUCACAAGAGCCAAUUGCUGCACCCGGACCUGAGUUGGUUUUCAAAUGGAGAAAAACUGACACUUCAGCCUGAAAGGCUUUUUUGAUAUACUCCUUUUAUUUCCCCUCCCCUGUCCAGAAGUGCACAUUUCAAACAGGAGUUCCCGGGGUUACAAGCUGCUUAAUUGAUCAUUUUUGGUGAGAUGCGUAAAGCCAAGUCUGAGCAGCCCCAGCUUAAACUGUGGACUGAGCGUGUGCAGACUUCCAGGUUUUAAACACAAGAGUCUGAUUUUCCGUUUUGGGCUCUUUUCAAGGCUGAAAGUGGAGACAGCCAGUUACCAGGAACAAGGAAUCUAUGUCAUUAGAGAAUUGGAAGCAUUUACAAUUCAUUGCACUUGAAUGUAGGCUGAGAUUUAAUGGUUUGGGGUGUUUUUUUUGUUAUUCAGAACUCACCAUAUCCUCCCAUUUCUACAGAGACAAUUUUGGACUUACAAGGUGCAGUGACAAGUCUGCAAAGAUAGCUAGACAAGAGAAAACCAUGAAUUUAUCUUUAAUACAAAGGAUGCAGCACACCUUAAAAAAAACAAACGAAAAACCACACACCAAAAACCCAAACCCACCAAGCUUGGAGGGGUUUUCAUCUUUUCUCUCCUGCACUAGAAAUUCACAUCAGCCGUAGAGCGGUGCCCAAAGCACUAGUGUAAGUGCCAUCAUUUGCAUUCAGAAAGCAACGACGCUCCUAUUUCUGUCCAGGAUUUCCUGGGUGGAAAUACAUGGGUGGGUUCAAGGCAGGGCAGGCAGAGCCUGGCCAGCAGCUUCAGGACACCUGGGCCCCCCCAGUUGGCGCUGCAGGACAGACCCGUGCACGCGUGGCACGCCUGACACAGUCCGGGCACACGGGGCUCGCUGAGUAACAUGGCAUCACGUGCGCACAGAGAUGCUGUUUAUACCUCGGGAGGCGUUGCAGCCUCCGUCAGAAGAGGUGCUGGCAGCCCCAAGGGCUGGUGCAGGCGCGGGGCGAGGAAUAAGAACGAGCACCCGGGAUGCGGACCCCCAGCAUCGCUCGCCGUCCAGCGCUCAGGGAUGCAAAACCGCGACACCCAAACGAUCCUGCUGCUACAAAGUUUUAGUCCGCUGACUUCAUUUCCGUCAACAUUUUGCAUCGCGUUUCAAGGAAAGCGGCCUUGAAAGAUGGAAGGUAGCACGUUUUGUGAUAAAGGCAAGACCUACUGGUGGACGUCUGGGAAACACUGCCGCUUCUCCCUGGAAAGAGGG